UUGGUUUCUCCGUCUUUCUUGGAGAGGAACAGUUAGCUGACUGACACUUAUAGUUAGAUCCAACACAACAACAAUAAACUCACAUGGUACAAACCAACUUUUAAUCUUCAUGUCAGAACAAGUCUAUAAAGUAUAUAUACACGCCUACUAAAUAGUGGUAUCAAAUCAACAUAGUUUCAUUAUUAUCUUUGUAAUGGCUAGACCUCUCAUUCAGUCAUCUUCUUUAUAUAAUUCAUCUUCAUCUGUGGAUCUCCAUAAGAGUUCAGCUAGAACAAAGAUCUUGAGGACCCAAUUGAGAUUCUUGGAAGUUGAACAAACCCAUUUGAGAUUAUUGAAUUUGCCCAGUUGUAAUUCAACUCCAAAAUUGAGAGCCUUGAAGGAACCAAUGACCCUGACCAAGGAAAAGGUGGAUGAAAAAGAGAUGAGUGCUGUAACUAAACGUGAAUCGAAUGAAUUCACUACGUUGAAGCAUAGAUUUUUGAAUUUCAAGAAGGACAAGUACUUGAAAAAUUUGGAGCAUUUUCAGGGUCUUGCAAACGAACAAUCACCCAAGUUUUUGGUAAUUUCUUGUGCAGACUCUCGGGUUUGUCCCUCAAACAUACUGGGACUUCAACCAGGAGAAGCCUUUAUAGUCCGCAACAUUGCAAAUUUGGUGCCUCCUUAUGAGACUGGUCCUUCAGAAACAAAGGCAGCUCUUGAGUUUUCCGUUAAUACUCUCAAAGUAGAAAACAUAUUAGUCAUUGGUCAUAGUUGCUGUGGAGGCAUUCGUGCUUUAAUGAGUAUGGACGAUGAAACAAAUUCAUCAAGCUUCAUCCGAAGUUGGGUAAUUGUUGGGAAGUCCGCCAGGACAAGCACAAAAGCUAUAGCUUCCAGUCUCAGCUUUGACCAGCAAUGCAAGCACUGUGAGAAGGAAUCGGUCAACCGCUCAUUGAUGAAUUUGCUUACAUACCCAUGGAUUAAGGAGAAAGUGAAUAAAGGUGAGCUUGUCAUUCAUGGUGGCUACUAUGACUUUAUUGACUGUAGUUUCGAGAAGUGGACUCUCGAGAACAAUGCUCGCGUGGGUGAUGAAGUCUCCAUCAGAAACCGGGAAUUUUGGAGCUGAGUAAUCUUCGAGUCCGUUGUUUGUUUGUUUUGUUUUAUCAUUUUAAAUGUAAUACAAAUCUCAUUGGUAUUCCUGUUGACAAUAAAUGUUGUACUAGUAUAUAGUUAGUGUGGACACUAUUUGCCUCUUGUAUUGAUGAAAAGGAUAAUUUUUCU